UUUUUUUUUCUUUCUUUCUUUUAAUAUAAAAUUGUAUACAAAUAUAUAGAAUACUAUGCUCAGUGGUUUAGUAGCUCUUAUCGAGGGAGCGUGUAGUCCUGCGCGUUAUGAGCCCGAAUUAAGUAUUAAUCUCGAAAUUUGUGAAAUGAUAAAUAAGAAACAAGGCACAGCUCCUAGAGAAGCUGCGUUUACUAUUGUUAAACUUAUAAAUAGUAGAAAUAUGAACCAAGCCAUGCUAGCUCUUACGUUAUUAGAUAAUUGUGUAAAGAAUUGCGGUUAUCCAUUUCAUCUUCAAAUUGCUACAAAAGAAUUUUUAAAUGAACUUGUUCGUAAAUUUCCAGAACGUCCUGCUCCUUUUCCUAGUCCUGUUGUUCAACGCAUCCUUUAUUUAAUUAAAGAAUGGAAAGUGGCAUUAGCGGACAUGUCAAAGCACAAAGAUGACUUGGUUCAUAUCAAAGAUAUGUAUAGACUAUUACGAUUUAAAGGUUAUCGAUUUCCUGAAUUAAGGGAUGCCUCCAUUGCUGCUUUAGCACCUAAUGAAUCUUUAAAAUCAGCUCAUGAAUUAGAAGAAGAAGAUAGACUUGCUCAAUCAGCUAAAUUACAAGAACUUAUCCGUCGUGGUAGACCUCAAGAUUUAGUUGAAGCAAACCAUUUAAUGAAGAUUAUGUCUGGAUUUGAUACAAGAGAGGUACCAGAUUAUAGUCAAAAGUUCGAAAGUGAAUUACAUAAAGUUCAAGAUAAAACCAUCUUGUUAUAUGAAAUGUUAGAGGCCAUUAAACCUGGGGAAAAAGUUGAAAAAAAUGAAGCAAUUAUGGAUUUGAAAAAUGCCUGUGCUAGUGCUCAACCAAAGAUCCAAAAAAUGAUUACAGAAGAAGAAGAUAACGACAAAAUUGAAAAUCUUCUUACAUUGAAUGAUAUGAUUAAUAAUGCGAUGGCUAAAUUUUCUGAUGUUAAGAAAGGGCUUUAUGACACACAAUAUGAGAUUAGUGGUAAGCCUCCUACAAGAGAAGAGAAUAAGCAAGCGAUUAGUUUAAUUGAUUUGGAUGAUAACGAUGGACUCUCUUCUAUUGGCACACAAAGCUCUAAUGUUAAUAAUAAUCCACUGAAUGAACUUUCUGAUCUCUUUGGAUCUAGUAUGAGCAUUUCUUCUAAUAACACGAAUACUCCUACCACAUCAUCACCUGCACUUACUACGAAUAUCCUUGAUUCAUUAUCCUCACCAUCAAUAACAACGACAGUAGCUGCUAAUAAUAAUAACGACAUUUUUGAUCUUUUAGGUGGUAAUAGUAAUACAGGUACUUCUACUACCGUCUUUAUGUCACCUUCUUCUCCUGCUCUUCAUCAGGAACAAUUGAAUAAUAAUAAUCAUAACAACUAUUCAACAUCACCACAACCAAGCGAAACAGCUAUAAUGGUAAACAAGAAUGGUUUAAAGAUUGAACUAGAAAUGCAAAAUCCAAAAGAAAAGCUUUGCCAAAUCAAAGCUUAUUUCUCCAAUCAUUCUACUGCACCUAUGGAGAAGUUAAUGUUAAGAUUAGCUGCACCCAAGUCUAUGCAAAUUAAAAUGGAACCUCAGUCUUCUCAGUUAUUACAACCAAAAUCCGAACGAACUGUUACUCAGAAUAUGACUUUAAACAAUCCUAACAAGGAGCCUAUACGCUUGAAAUAUAAAAUAAACUAUGAACAAUUUGGUGUAGAAAUGGAAUUAAACGGAAGCUUUCGUACUUGACAGAAAAAUAAAAUAAAAUAAAUAAAAUAUCAAAUAGUAAAGGGCUGAUUACAUAAUCAUAU